AUGGGCGAUGCAGUACCAUGCGACGCGGAUGGUCAGCCCGCGGACUGCACUGACUGCUCAGACUCCGCUAACUUGAUGGAUCCCGACUGUCUAUUAGCAGUAAUACCAACUGCGGCGCCAGUAGUAUCGGAGCCGCCAGCCGACGGAGCCACAACAGCAGGAACCGGAGCAGGAACAGGCACAGACACUACGGCUGCACCCGCUGCUGGCCAGAAGACAAGGACGAAGCGCAAGUGGAAGGUGGUCAGGAAGCCUGGCAAGACUGUCAUCAAGAGGCGCAGAAAUGGUUCCUCAAAGGCUUUUAGAGGAUAA